AUGUGCGCAACAUCUCAGCUCAAGCCACUUCCAUUAGAGACAUUCCCGAAUUUCACAGACACGAAAGUGGCUUAUGAACAUGUCCUCUCACAUAUUACAGAUUUUCUCAAGAGAUUUUACCAGAUUGAUGUUGCUGGAUUCGUGGCAGACAAUCUUAGAGUCCAAUGGUCUGCAAUUGCAUCAAUCCUUGAAAAUCCCCAGAACAUCUAG